GUUGUCGCAUAUUCUGAGGACUGCUUCAUAUUAAUGAGCUACAUUUGUGGCUUUAAGUCCCCAGUUUGAAGACCGCGGGAGCUUUUGGUCCCAACUCACCGUGGCCGUCGGCUCGCCAGUGGGAGAGCCGCUCUGACAGUCGCGCUGCUUUUGCCCCGUCGACAGAAGAGGAGGGAAAAAAAGGAAGAGAAAACUUUGAUUUACUGAGAGGGUUUGUCCAAAUUAUGGUCGCUGAGUGCACAUGGAUUCCGUAGAACUUGUUCUUCCAGAGUACUUCUCCUGUCACUCUGAACAAGAGCUGCUCUGCAGGAUGUCAAGCAAGGAACGGCGCAUCGAGUCCAGUUGCCCCUCCUACAUCAAGACCGAGCCCUCCAGUCCCGCCUCCCUGGCAGACAGCAUCAACCACCACAGCCCCGGGGGCUGCUCAGAUGCCAGCGGAAGCUACAGCUCCACCAUGAAUGGGCACCAGAACGGCCUGGACUCUCCCACGCUGUACGGGCCGGCGGGCGGCUUGGGCCCCAACGGCGCUUCCGGCAAGCGCUAUGAGGACUGUUCCAGCACCAUCGCCGAGGACUCGCAGAUCAAGUGCGAGUACAUGCUCAACUCAAUGCCCAAGAGGCUGUGCUUGGUGUGCGGCGACAUUGCGUCCGGCUAUCACUACGGCGUGGCCUCCUGUGAGGCCUGCAAGGCCUUCUUCAAGAGGACCAUCCAAGGAAACAUCGAGUACAGCUGCCCUGCCACCAACGAGUGUGAGAUCACCAAACGCCGGCGGAAGUCCUGUCAGGCGUGCCGCUUUAUGAAGUGUCUGACUGUGGGCAUGAUGCGAGAAGGUGUGCGUCUUGACCGAGUGCGUGGAGGACGACAGAAGUACAAGCGCCGGAUAGAUGCUGAGAACAGUCCCUACUUGAACCCGCAGCUGGCCCUACCCCCCAAGAAGCCAUAUAACAAAGUCGUCUCCCACCUGCUGGUGGCAGAGCCGGAGAAGAUCUAUGCGAUGCCCGACCCGACUGUCCCUGACAGUGACAUCAAGGCCCUGACAACGCUCUGUGACCUGGCCGAUCGGGAGCUGGUGGUCAAUAUUGGCUGGGCCAAGCACAUCCCAGGCUUCUCCACUCUUUCCUUGGCAGACCAAAUGAGUCUAUUGCAGAGCGCGUGGAUGGAGAUCCUGAUCCUGCGGGUGGUGUACCGCUCGUUGUCCUUCGAGGACAAGCUGGUCUACGCCGAGGACUACAUCAUGGACGAGGACCAAUCGAAAUUGGCCGGCUUGCUGGACCUCAACAAUGCCAUCCUGCAGCUGGUAAAGAAAUACAAGAGCAUGAAGCUGGAGAAGGAAGAGUUUGUGACCCUCAAGGCAAUAGCACUUGCUAAUUCAGGUUAGCAGAUCCUUUUGUGUUGCGCUCUUCGUAUUUAUUGACGGUUUUUUUUGUGUGGGCUACAUCCAACAGACGGAAUCCCUUGGGAGUAAAGAAAAAGAAUAACAUUUCAAAUAAGCCUUUAAUGAACACACUUUGAAGCAUUAAAUUGCCAUGAAAUGAAACGUUUUCCCUCAUGAACACCAACAUACACAUGCACCUCCCAUUGCAGCCUCUUGCUGUAUCUUCCGGAAAAUUCAUCUUACAUUCCGAGUAAUGCAGUUCUGGGUGUCAAGAACAGGGGGCGAUGUCGCUCACCAUUAUCAUGCAUCCAGUGCCCCCCCCCCACCCCGCCCCCCAUCUUCCUCCAGUCCUGGCCACAUCUUUGAACUUUAUCUUGGUUGCCGGCCAGUAGUUUUCCCUUUAAUUACAAGAAGGAAAUGUCAAUAAAAUCCGCUAAAUGGGACGCGAUGAGUGGCACCACUGGGCAGGAAGCUAUUUGUUCAAAUUCUGCGCUGCUCGAGGUAUUGACAGUUUGUUUUCUGGGGCCAUAUGUGAUGAUCAAUCCCAGGCUGGGCUCAGCCACGCUGAAAAAUGAAAAAACAGAUUGGUUUUGCCUGCUUGUGGAUAACAGCACCCUGUUCGGCCAGCAUGGCAGAGGCCGACCGAGGAGUCGGACCCCGACUCUCGACAAAUGAUUUUUUUUUUUAUUGAUCUGGCUCUUAAUAGUUAAUCACUGGCUAUCAAUGCAAAGGCGAGGAUGAGGUUUUUAAAUUGUGGGGGAAAAAAGCUGAUUUCAUGAAUAGAUAAUUGCAUUAGUUUGCUUUCCCUAACGGUUCCUGACGGUGCGUGUGGAUUUGGGCAUUGGCACGCCCUGUGCGUGUGUGUGUGUGUGUGUGUGUGGCUUGUUUAUCUCACUGUCAUUUUAUCCUAGCUAAUUAUCAGCCUUUAGCCUUAUCAAGUUGCCUUUCAUAUACAGUAGGAGCACUUGAUCAUGCAAAGAGAGGCGCGUGACGGCAGAGAGGAUAUUUACAUUUUGUAAAGUCAUACCAUCUGUUACGUGUCUGUCCAUAAAUCUCCAUACUGUAAACUGUAAAAGGUUCUUUUUAGCCUAUCAGCAGUUGGCAUCUUAUUUUUCCUUGUUUUGACUGGAUGCUCUUUAGGGAUAUUCAAGGAAAAUAAAAGUGCAAAAAAUCCAUCUGUGCAUGCAGCUUCCGUACUAGUGCACAGUUGCAGUGACCCUGAGGCCUGUCCCCGGAAGCCCAGAUCAUGAGGCAGGGGCCACCCUGAGGAGGUGGGGGUCUCCAUUGUGUUGUAUUGAUUUGCAUGCAAAACAUCGCACUACAGGCUAAUUAGUAAUGCCUUCCUAUAAAUGUGUAAUCCCAAGGAGAGUCUGGUUGCAGUGCAUAGUGCAUGAAGUGGGUUUUAGUAAGUAUGUUGAGAUUUACCCCCCAUUCUCCAGCAUCCACUGAGGUCCUCAGGCUUCAUCCUGUCAGCUCCACCUUGUCAGGUUUGGGCUGUAGCUCCUCUCCAGGGGGCUGCUUGCGCCAUCACU